AUGGGACUCUCACCCGAAACUACGAUUUCUGCAAUUGAGCCUGCAAUUGAAUCCCCAGGGCAGCGUGUAAUUGAAUUCGUGGAUGUACCGGAUCUAUCACAAUCCGAAAAUCAAUACUGCAUGUUCACACUUGAAAGCCUCCCGACUCGCGCAGGCUUGGAUGGCCAUUGGAAGAAGGCUACACCCGUUCCUGAAGAUGACUCUGAAGUCAGAGCCUAUUGGAGUGUUUUUGUUCUUGAACGACUGUUCCUUCCCCACAACUCGGAACUUUCCACCAUCCAUGUUCCUGAUUAUCCCCAAAGUGCCUCUUUACCACCACCGCCGCCUCGCUCCUCAAAUUUUACAGCCGCGGAAAUGACCGAGGAGCCCCCCGGGAAAGACAUUGGGAUCAAUGGGUAUUGCUUGCGCAUUAUCUCUAUAUGGGGUAAAAUCAGAUUAUACCUCCAUCGCUUGUCGCGAGGCGAGGUUGAGAAACCAUGGUUGGCGGACUCAAAUCACACUAGGCUAGGGAUAGAGCUCAUAGAGUUCGAGGCUCAGCAUAGCAAGCACCAUUUGCUUCUUAAUGUCGCAUUUUCACAUCGGUCUACGACGGAGGUCAGCCAGCAGAGCGAGUAUUGGAAUCCUUGGAUGAUGACAGAGAUAUUAUGGCAUGCUUCGCAGGCCAUUCUGAAUCAUCCGUUUCUGCACCUUGUUGUCUUGCGAUCACAACAGGAUAUACCUCAGUCCUGUGUCUUUCUUCAGCAGAAGGUCGACAUGGCGUUGUACCAUGCGAGCUGGCUGUUCCGGAUCCUUCAACUCAGUGAAAGAUUGAUGGUGAUUUCCAAUCCCAUAAUUGGGGAUGCUAUUGCCGCCAGUGCGACUGUUCUAUGGCUAUUCCAAUUCACGAGAGAUGGAAAGGUUUCCCAACGAACACGUGACAACCUGGACACGUGUGAGAAGUUUAUGGGUACAAUGGCACUGGGCGUCCUCUUGAACACAAUCUGUCGAUCACAAGGGAAAUUACGAAUUCUCGCAGAUCAGAACCGUUCGCAAGCUACCUAUCAGGACAUGACCAUUAAUUUCAAGCCAGAGUGGUUUUGGGACCUCCUUGUCCCCAGCAUACACGAGACAAAUGAUUCAUUGGGCGUGAACUCAAUGGCCGAAUCUGGAAGUGACAGCACCUCGAAGAUGAGGCUUAAAUCCCACUUUAUUGACCGCCUCCCUGAAGAUUUUGACUCUGACCGAGAACAAGAUCAUCCAGAGUCUGCUCCUUUUUCUCUGGACUCGUUUCCCAUCGGCAUGGAAGACCUUGAGCAAUUUCAUAUCGAGGAAUUAUCACGUGACUUCCUUGAAAGUGAUUUCUGGGAUAUGGUCAAUUAG